ACGCUACCCAGUCCCGAAGACACCAGGAUGCCUACGCGACUGCGCGGGACGAUUUGAAUUCUAAUUCGCUUCGCCCGUUAUGGUGGAUGCGGCUUUUGCCGAGACGGCGGCCAUGGACUUCUCCGCACGCGCACAAUUAUUUGAAGCUCACAUACAGAGCUACAAAGGAGAUGAUCCACUUGAUCCUUGGGAUAGAUACUGUCAAUGGGUAGAAGGGCUUUCAGAAGAAGAAGAAAGACUAUCAAGUUUGUUGGAGCGGCUUGUGAAGAUCUUUCUGGGUGACAAGAGGUACCAGCAUGACAGGAGAUUCAUCCGCUACUGCAUAAAAUUUGCUACAUUCAUUGAUGACCCAUGUCAAUUUUUUGACUAUAUGUACAGUCAAGGAAUUGGUACCCAGUCAGCCAAUCUGUAUAUGGCAUGGGCUCAGCAACUUGACAUGCAAGGAAAGGUGUCACAUGCAAAUGCUGUUAUACAAAAAGGGAUUCACAGUGGAGCAGAACCUGCUGAAAAACUGCAUCAGCAGUACAGGUUGUUACAGAGGUGCUUUGGCCAGAAUCAAGUUUCAAGUCAAGUUGGAGUCUUGCAACCACAUAAUUCCCAACACUGCAAUCAAAUGACUUCUAAAGAUGACUCAGCCAGUGUUCACCAAAACCAGGUGCUUAAGGACAUGAAUCCAACAAAUUCCAAAUUGUGUUCUGUUUAUGAUGGACCAGAAAAAAAGGAACAGCCUCAAUAUAUAACCUCCAUUUCAAAAUCUGAAGUCUUACCAAUGCCAUCUUCUAGUGUGACCCAUGAGCAGAAGGUUAUGUAUGACAAGAAUCUUCUUUACUGUGAAGACUCUGAAUUGUGCUUUGAAGAAGUACGAGCCAAAAUAUACUUGAAAAGGGCUGAACGUCUGAGAAGGCACCAAGAAUGGGAGGAUGAAGACAGAGAACUCAUGAAAAAGAAAGAGAACGAUCUUCUCGAGCUGCAAACAUUGCAACAGAAACUGAAUCUCCUUUCUCAGACAUCAUCCUCGUCGCAGAAAACUGAACAAGGGCCAUCUACUCAUCAGUCCCUGCAAAGCACUGCAGUGGGUCAACCACAUGUUCAGCUUGGUGCAGCUCCUAACCUGUCAGAUAGGGCAGCACCUUCUGCAGUUGGAUAUCUGCAGCAUUUUGUGACCCUGGUGACAGAGCAUCAGAGUUCAUCCAUGCCUCUCAGUGCAGCAGCAGAGAUUUCACCCGCUGUGGCUUCGGCUCCGCAGCCUGCUGAAAAUCUUCAGAAGCAGCAGGUGUCUGCGUCAGUCACCAUGUCCGAAAAGGAUCCUUCCAGAUCCAAGCUUGAUAUUGAGGAAUGUGAGAAAAGUUUACACAGACUUCAAGUCAGUACAGAAGAAGUUGUCCAGCCUCCUCAGAAACGUGCUGCCAUCUCCCAUGACUACCACCAUGUGCAGCAGCAACUGAAUGCUUCUGACCCAAAGCUGCCGUGUUCUACAGAAAUGAGAGAUGUAUCAGGUGGAUGGAAGUCUUCCGUUAGCCUUGGUAAUCAGCAAGAAACCCCAAAUACAUCCACCACGAAGCAACUGGCUCUGUCUUUAGUACAGCCGUCUCCUACCGUCCACACCAAAGAAGCCCUGGGUUUCAUAAUGGAUGUGUUCCACGGAUCUUCACCUAAAGAUUCCCCUAUAGUUUCUGACUCAGAGGAUGAAUUUGACGCCUAUUGUAGAAAUCAAGAGUCACAUAAGACUGACAGUGCGAAAUCCAUCGCUCCUGCUGUGGUGCCUGCUUUCACCAUCUUUGAAGAUGAGAAUGCAGAGGUUGUCCAGCCGCCUUCAAAGCCAACAGAAGUCAAAGUCUUAGGAGAGCAUCUCAUGGACUGUGCUGCCAAACCAAGAGAAGAAAGUCCGCCGACUGAGAGCCUGACAGCAGACUGUACUGUGUGGGCUAAUCACUGUAACAAAACCCUGGCUCCCAAUCCUAAUAAUACAAGAGACUUUGCUCGUGCCACACGAUACGUUUCUACGCCAUUCAACUCUGUUCCAGUGCAUACCUGCCAAGUGACAUGGGAUAAAGUGAUUGAAAACCCUUGGGAUGUUGGCUUAAUCCACCAGCUUCUGUCUGAGGUUCCUAAACCAAUAAGUGCCUAUGAAAAUACUUUUGAAUGGGGAACAAAACUUCCAGUUCUAAAACCAAAGGCUCUACUCAGAUUGGACUCCGUGCCCUUCCAUGUUGACUGUUUACUUGGAGAAGGGGCUUUUGCACACGUCUAUCAAGCCUCUGUCUUUGACGUGGCUAACCCAGGAAAUUCUCGGAAAGUGAUAUUGAAAAUACAGAAGCCUGCAGCCCCCUGGGAAUUCUACAUAGCAGCUCAGUUGACAGAAAGGCUUAAGCCAAGCCUACGUCAUCUUUUCAUCCACUUCUAUUCUGCUCACUUCUUCCGAAAUGGAAGUAUUUUGGUUGGCGAACUUUACAGCUAUGGGACUUUGUUGAACACCAUAAAUAUAUACAAAAAACUGCCCGAAAAGGUGAUGCCCCAAGCACUGGUUAUCUACUUUGCCAUAAAAAUUCUACAUAUGAUUGAAGAGCUUCACAAGUGUGGAAUAAUUCAUGGUGAUGUUAAACCUGAUAACUUUAUCUUUGGAGAAAGGUUUUUAGAUGAUGACACAUGUGAUGUAGACAGCAUGACUCAUGGCCUGACAAUCAUUGACUUUGGCCAAAGUAUAGACAUGAACUUGUUUCCUGAAGGAACUGUAUUCACUGGGAAGUGUGAAACAUCUGGAUUUCAGUGUAUUGAAAUGUUGACUCACAAACCAUGGAAUUACCAGGCUGAUUAUUUUGGAAUUGCUGGGACUGUGUACUGUAUGCUACUUGGCACGUACAUGAAAGUCAGCAAUGAGCAAGGAGUAUGGAAGCCUGAGGGUGGCUUCAGGAGGAUUCCACAUGGAGAAAUUUGGAGCGAUUUUUUCAAGACUCUUCUGAAUGUACAAGAUUGCAAUCAUCUGCCUUCUUUGAGAGCUCUACGGGCAGAACUGAGAGACUUAUUUCUGAGUACUUACAUUAACAAAGUAAAGGGGUUCCGUAACAGGCUUGCAGUGCUGCUUGUAGAAAAUAAACGUUCACGUAAAUAAAUGCAAACACCUCAGACCCCACUGAAGAAAGGAAAUCUUGUACUUCUCCUGGGAAGAGAUUUUAUCCAGGCUCCAGCUCUGUUAACGUCUGACAAAUUGAAUGAAGGGGCUAAGAUUAAAUGAUGGUUAAUCUUUUCGUUUUAAAUAAACUUUGAGAGCUUUGACUCAUGAAAGAUCUAGCUGGA